AUGGGUAACUUUAGAGAUGAGGGAGGAGGGGCGGGGUGGUUAUACCAUGCAGUCUGUACAGACAGUGAGGAACCUGCUCACAGAGAGGACAGAGGGACGAUAACCAUGUCAGCCUCCUGGAAGCAGCCGCUUUUUCAGAUCUGCCUGCUUUGCAUCUGCUGCAGACACAUCAAUACAAACACGUUGGGCUCAACCAAAGCGCCACAGGUUCUCACCACUGCUCUUAAAACAACUGUAAAAAGUGUUGUUCUUAAAGGUGAAAAUCACACAGAGGAAAUCCAGCUGCAUGAGCCUGUAAAUCUAACGCUAGCCUGUACGUGGACUGGUAAUCAGAAGAAACUACCAAACAUUAGCGUUUAUUGGACAAAAGAUGGGAAGACAAUUCAGGAUACUCAGCGCUCUGUGCAGCUGGAGAAUGAGCAGUAUACUCUCAAACAAGAUUUCCGUAUUGUCAGUGAACAAGACCUUGGAAAUUACUCCUGUGUUUUUGAGACUGAAGCACAAAUAGAUUUUAUUUUGGCAGCUCCACAGAUCAGUGAGGUGCGAGACAAGCCGAUAGUCAGCUAUCUAGGGGACUUUGUGGUGAUUUAUUGUAAAAUGGAGGAAACCAAACCAAAGCCCAGAACCUGGACCUGGUAUAAAGUCAAUGGGACAGAAAAGAUCCUCGUUGUUGAAGAGCCUCACCGCUAUGAAAUCCACAAUGAAGGGUGGAAGACUAAGCUGAAGAUCAGCAACCUGACAGAUGAAGACUCUGGCUUCUAUUACUGUGGGGCAGUGUACCGCAUCGGCACCUCAGUGAGCCACGUGGAGCUCAAGAUUAUCAGCUUCAUUGAGCCCCUGAAACCCUUCUUAACCAUCCUGGCUGAAGUUAUCGUGCUGGUCACUGCCAUUCUGCUCUACGAGAAAAUUCAUUCCAGGAAGAACAACACAGAAGAGGAAAAUGUGCCGAACGGCGACCAAAAGAACGAACUGCCUCAGGGAGAAGCUAAGGAGCUGGAGGGCAAUACGUCCAUGAGGCAGCGCAAAGUUUAAAGACUGCAGCCAGCUUUAAAACUCAUUUUUAAAAGUAAACGCUAGCAACGUUUAUACGGUUAUUGUGGCAUCUGUUAUAACUGCAUCAUUUUGUUUCAACACUCAAAGUGCAACAGCUUCCAGCUAAUCAACACUCGAGUUUGCAACACAAGCGGCCUCUUUCCUUACACAUACAAGUUUCCUGUUGACUUCCUGUGCAGAAACCCAGACAUGCUUUACUUGACACGUCACGUCAUCUUUGUCCCCUCCCCUUUCUCAUAACAGAAGUGACUUUCUCUUUUUGUUGGCAACACCUUAAACUUUAAAUGACUUUUACCCGUUUUUCUUCUCUGUGGUUCGUAGCAGUGCCUUACACUCUUUGACUAACCUUUCACUGUGCUUCCAAUGACUUUGUCCUUGCAGUAAUCUAUCUACAGUACUUGAAUAACAUGUAAAUCAAGAUGUAUCUUCACAUAUUCAUCGUAUUUGUGCAUCUGUUUUGCAUUUACGUGUAGGAGAAUAGUCACAGAGUCAGUUUCUUCCUCAAAAUGACUGCACGUAUGCAAACAAGCCGAUUAAAAACCACACAAACCACCGUUUCAGUGUUGGAUUC